AUGAGCUGGGGGGAGAUGGUGGUGGAUGUCUGCUCCUCCUGCAUGGUGGAUGGCUACUGGCGUUGUUUGCGUUGCGUGGAUGCUGCCCAGUGGUGUGUGAACUGUGCGGCUGGGCCUCCUGCCUUCUCCUCGUUUUGUCUGCUCUCUCUCUCGCUGUAUCCGCGGUGCUCCGUCCCUCUCCCUCUUGUUGCAUUCUUUUUCUUCUGCCUCACCGAUCAGCUGACUGGCUCCAGCGACUCCACUACGGGUGACGAUGACUGCGAUGAUGACGAUGGUGACGGUGCGGCGCCGUGUUGGUCCUUGCACUCUUGUGCUGCUGCUGCUGCUCGUCCGUGUGUAUGUGACGGCUGCUGGGAGUGCUGGAGAUGUGUCUGGUGA